UGCAUGAACACUGAACCUAAUGCAACAUGUUUAACUUUCGGUGGUCAUGUGGAAAUAGACAAAUACAGGUAUCUUUACUUUACCAUCAUGUUUACAAUGUAUAUUCUCAUCAUCUGCAGCAAUUCCACUAUCGUGUGUCUUAUUGUGAUUCACAGAAGUCUCCACAAGCCAAUGUACGUAUUCAUCGCUGCUCUGUUGCUGAACUCUGUUUUUUUCAGCACCGUGAUUUACCCCAAACUUUUGAUGGACUUUCUGUCUGAAAAACAGACAAUCUCGUACCGAGCUUGUCUCUUUCAGGUGUUUUUCUUUUAUGUUUCAGCCUGCACUGAGUUCUUACUGUUGUCAGCCAUGGCCUUUGACAGAUACGUGUCUAUAUGUAAACCUCUGCAGUAUCCAACUAUCAUGGGAAGAAGGACCGUUAAUACGCUCCUGGUUUUGGCCUGGCUGGUUCCUGCUUGCCACAUCGCUGUGCCAGUUGUGAGAAAUGCAAAUCUCAAACUCUGUAGCUUCACUCUGAAAGGCAUUUUCUGUAACAACACAGUUCAAAGUCUUCCCUGUGCAAAUUCAAGAGCGUUACUCAUGUACGGUGCAGCUGUCAUGUUCAAUGUUACACUUCUUCCUAUGCUUUUAAUACUUUUCACAUACGCAAAGAUACUCGUAGUAGUUUAUUGGAGUUGUGGGGAAGUCAAGAAAAAAGCUGCACAGACGUGUUUACCUCACCUGCUUGUUUUAAUCAACUACAGCUGUUUGCUCAUUUAUGACCUGAUUAUAGUGAGAAUGGAGUCCGACUUUUCACAAACCGCUCGUUUUGUAAUGACGCUGCAGAUAGUGAUUUAUAAUCCUCUCCUCAAUCCGAUCAUAUACGGACUGAAAAUGAAGGAAAUUUCCAAACAUCUCACAUUGCUGUUCUGUCAAGUCAAAGUGAGCUAA